UACCCAACCUGAACCUCUCCCAGUGCAACUUGAGGCCAUUCCCCCUUGUCCUAUGAAAAAUAUGGAAUGCUUCAGGAAUUUGCAUAACAUUUUAGGGUUGUGAGGAUUCUUUUCCCGACUUAAAUUUUCACACAUCCUGGCUGUUACAAGAAAUCCUGGAAAGAAAGAGACAGAAGUGUUAUUCUUCUUUCAUUUUUAUAAGAGAUAAGACUCUUGUUCUGGCAGUUUGCUGUUCAGUCAUGGAUAGGAAAUGUGAAACAGUCCACAGAUCUAAAGAGGGAGGGCUACAAAUACUUGCUAAGCAAUGCUUAGGGUUUUUAUAGCAUGCAUGUCUCCAUAAACCAGGAGGUUCCAGUACAGCGUCUGUGUAGCAGCACACAAACCAUUAGUUGCAUGGAACAUUUGAACAAACUUGGUGGGUUUACUUUGCAAACUGCUUUAGGGGUGUGAAAAGAAUGUGCUUCAGUUAUACUUUUCCUCACUGCCUGACUUUAAGAAGCAGAGGUACUGUUCAGUAUUAUGCUGGCACGUGCUAAUUUGGUUUUCAGUGGUGAGUGGUAGCACUGCAGGCUUGUUGGUUGCUAACCAAAUGGCUUCACGUACUGUCAUGACAGGAUUAGGAUGCUGAAGAGGACAGUGUAGGACUCAGUGGAGAAUAAAAUUACAUUACGUUUUAUCCCUGACGAUGUUUGUAUUAAGUUUCUUCUGAAGGUAAAACAUGUAUUAAUCAAAGGGAGCACGAUUCACAUACGUGCAAAGACAUGAAGAUAAUCGUUAUGUAUAAAUCUAAGGAUAUAUUUCAUUACAGUGAAUAGAGCUGUGGGAGUUAGGCAGGCUGUUUUUAACUGAAGUAUUUCUGUUUAGUUGUAGACCAUGAAAGCUGUGUUUUAUUUCUGCAAUUUUCUUUGUGACUCCUCACUUGUUAGAAGAUGUACUAUUGCUGUGAACAGCAUGGGAACUGAGCAAUGUUCUCAGCUUUCUGAUGUCAUAUUGUAGCUUUUUUUUUUUUAGGGUUGAAUACUAUUAACGUUGUAGGACUGAUUGGUGGGGAGGAGUUGCUUCAUCGUUAGCUAAGGAAAAAUGGAAAGAGAGAACAGUGCACACUGCUGAAGUUCUUGGGGAGGUAUUAAGGCAAUGCUGCUGGGCUUCCAUCAGACAGGAUAAGAGGGGACAGGGCAGCAUGCAGGUCUGUCUGCUUCUUUCAUCCUCUCAUCCUUUUCCCUGGCUUUAGGGGAUCAGAAGUCAUUUGGAUCUGAAGCAGGAGCAGAAGGAAAACUCAAAUCCAUCAGGAGGACUCCUCAGCCUUUUGUGUGAACGUGCUGCAGGGUCUGACGCGGCUAAUGGCUGAUCGGGUGCUUGUGAUCGGCAGUGGAGGGAGAGAGCAUGCAUUGGCCUGGAAGCUGGCCCAGUCCCCACACGUAAAACAAGUGUUUGUUGCUCCUGGAAAUGCAGGAACAGCUGACAGUGGAAAAAUUUCAAAUUCAGCUGUAUUAGUGAGCAAUCACACUAUUGUUACCCAGUUCUGCAAAGAUCAUAACAUUGGACUUGUAGUAGUUGGACAAGAAACUCUUUUGGCAGCUGGUAUUGUCGAUGACUUACAAGCAGCUGGAGUAAGGUGUUUUGGACCGUCAGCAAAAGCAGCCCAGCUAGCAUCCAACACCAGUUCUGCCAAAGCCUUUCUGGAUCGACAUGGGAUCCCAACAGCAAGAUGGAAAGCUUUUACCAAUCCCCAGGAAGCCUGUAGGUUUAUUAUCAGCACCGACUUUCCUGCGCGAGUUGUACGGGCGAGGGGCCCUGCGGCUAGAAAGGAAGUGACUAUUGCAGCCAGCAAAGAGGAAGCCUGCAAAGCUGUUCAAGAGAUUAUGCAGGACAGAAUGUUUGGAGAGAUCGUUGUCAUUGAAGAACUUCUUCAAGGGGAAGAACUUUCUUGCCUGUGCUUCACGGAUGGUGUCACUGUUGCCUCGAUGCCCCCAGCCCAGGCCCACAAACGGUUAUUGGAUGGUGACCAGGGUCCAAACACUGGAGGGAUGGGAGCUUACUGCCCAGUUCCUCAGGUUCCAGAAGUUCUAGAGAAAAUCAAUGAUGCUAUCCUUCAACAUGUGAUUGAUAGUCUGAGACAAGAAGGAGCAGCAUAUGUAGGUGUGCUGCAGACAGGGUUAAUGCUUACCAAAGACGGUGUGAAAAUUUUAAACUUUAAAUGUCAGUUUGGUGACCCUCAGUGCCAGGUAGUUCUUCCACUGCUUAAAAAUGAUUUUUAUGAAGUGAUUCAAGCAGCAAUUGAUGGCAAACUCUGCAGCUUCGUGCCAGCCUGGUCAGAAAAUAGUACAGCUGUGUGUGUGGUCAUGGCAAGUCUAGGAUACCCAGGAGACUAUGACAAAGGCAUGGAAGUAACAGGGCUGCUUCAAGCCAAAGAGUUAGGGCUGCAGGUGUUCCAUGCUGGCACAACGCUGAAGGACGGCAGAGUGGUUACAAGUGGUGGCAGAGUCCUUUCUAUUACUGCUGUUAAGGAAGAUCUGAUGACAGCACUGGGAGAAGCCAACAAGGGAGUAGCAGCCAUACGUUUCAAGGGUGCCACGUACAGGAGGGACAUUGGCCAUCGGGGUAUUCGACUUCUCAAACAGUCUCUGGGUUUGAUAUACAAAGAGAGAUGUGUGGAAGCUGUAACCAGUGACGUUUUGUUUUACCAGCCAAGAAGAUCAAUUGUAAGUCGAACCAGAUCAGGCAGUCGUUCAGAAGUAAGAGGCUUUGCUGGUUUCUUCGAUUUAAAAGCAUCUGGUUAUGAUGAUCCUAUCUUGGUAUCUCAAACUAAAGGCCUUGGAUCUAAACUGCAGAUUGCACAAGCAUGUAAGAGACAUGACACCAUAGGUCAGGACCUGGUUGCUUUGUGUGUUAAUGACAUCUUGGCUCAAGGGGCAGAGCCCCUCUUCUUCCUCACCUAUUUUGCCUGUGGCAAACUCGAUGUCAAAGUGACUGAAGCAAUCAAAGGAGGAAUAGCUGAAGCAUGCAGAAAUGCAGGAUGUGCUUUCUUAGGCAGGGAGGUAGUUGAGGUGACUAGCAUGUAUUCUUCUGGAGAGUAUGACUUGGCUGGCUUCGUGGUUGGUGCAGUGGAGCGAGGGCAGAUGCUUUUGGGUCUGCAGAGAGCUGAUGAGGAGGAUGUGUUUAUUGGACUGGCCUCUUCUGGGAUUCACGGCCGAGCCUUUACCAUCAUAAGGAAGAUACUCUUAAUGUCCUCCCUGCAUUACUCCUCUCCAGCGCCUGGUAGCUGUGGUGACAAGACUCUAGGAGAUGUAUUGCUGACCCCAGCAAAACUGUACAGUCCAUCUUUACUACCUGUUCUUCGCUCAGGGCAUGUGAAGGCUUUUGCCUUUAUUGCUGAGGAAGGGUUGCUGGAAGGCAUCUCCCGAAUCCUGCCAGAACAUGUCAGCGCUAUCCUGGAUGCCCUUAGCUGGAAGAUGCCUGAAAUCUUCUGCUGGCUCUACAGAGAAGGCAACCUCUCUGAGAAGGAGAUGGCCCAAACAUUUAAUUGUGGGAUUGGUGCAGUCUUGGUUGUGCAGAAGGAGUUGGCCCAGCAUGUUCUCAGGGAUGUACAGAGACAUGAGGAAGCUUGGCUGAUUGGGAAAGUUGUUGCCCCUUGUCACACAGGAGGUUCUCACAUCAAAGUUGAGAAUCUUCUUGAAGCUCUGCAGCUGAGCAACCCCCAGCAUCUGCUGAAUAACACUCUUGUAGAGAGUCAACAACAGCCCAGAAAGAACAAAGUUAAAGUAGCUGUUCUCGUCUCUGGAACAGGCACAAAUCUUGCUGCACUCAUCAGUUACGCAAAAGAACCAGGCAGCUGUGCACAAGUUGUCCUUGUCAUCUCCAGCAAGUCUGGUGUGGAAGAACUACGAAAUGCAGCCCGUGCUGGAAUUCCCACUAGGGUGAUUGAUCAUAAGUUAUAUGGGAGUCGCUCUGAAUUUGACAGCACAAUUGACCGAGUUCUUGAAGAAUUUGCUGUUGAACUGAUAUGUCUUUCAGGAUUUAUGAGAAUAUUGUCCAGUCCUUUUCUCAGGAAAUGGAAAGGGAAAAUUCUGAAUGCUACCCCAUCACUUUUCCCACCAAUCAAGGCUGGAAAUGCCCAUCAGCAGUCCCUCCAAACUGGAUUCAAAGUCACCGGCUGCGCUGUGCAUUUUGUCCUGGAGGAAUCUUGUCCAAAAGCAGUAAUCCACCAGGAGCCGGUAUCUGUGAAGGCAGAUGACACUGAGGAGACGCUGUCAGAAAGGGUUAAGGAAGCUGAGUGCCGGGCUUUUCCCAUUGCCCUGCAGCUGGUGGCCAGUGGGGCAGUGCAGUUAGGAGCUGAUGGUAAAACCUGCUGGAAACAAGAGGGGCAAGCUCUGUGUCUUCAAGAAGAGAAGAGUGACUGCACUUCCUCUCUAGUGAUGCUGGAGCCACAAGAAAAUGAUAUGGUGUAGCCAGGUUUUCUAUUCCUCCUUCCUUGCCUCUGUGUGUUUCUCUUUGCAGGCGUAUUGAUGUUGCAGGUUUCCAUUCUGAAUGAUCCAUUUUCCUGGGCUUACAGGUUUAGUUACACUUAGUUUGCGAAAUUUGCUGUGGCAGCCGAACUCAUUUCAGAUCUUGAAUUUCUUUGUUCUGUUUUUCUGCAUCCAGGGAUGAGGCACCCACAGCUUCUCUGUGCAAGCUGUUCCAGCA